GUUUAAAUAAAAUCCUGGAUAAGCGAAUCCAAUAUCGGGGUUAGAGUCAACCAUCUACAUUGUAUGGAUUUUUGACCAUUCAGCACGGGUUCCAUUUGCAAAGUGAUGCUACACAGAAGAGCUAGUAGUUGGCUCGCUAACUAAUGUUGACGGUUGGAGUUCGAAAGGCGUUUGGCAUCUGUUUUCACCAGCGACGUUGUUCAGGGCUGUGCUUCCGCCAUGUUGAAGCGGUUCUCUGCUAGCAGCAAGCUGUGACUGACUGGCUAGGACCGAACUGACUAGAUAGAGUCGGGGGGGCUGCUACCGCGCUGGUGACGCAGGAAAAACACCCAAGAUAUGACCAAAAAAAACCAAGGAACCAGGUUAUUCUAACAGACAGUUGAGCUUAAUAUGAAAUAGCAGUAUAUAGGACACAUUUAUGUCAUAAACAACGACACAAUCGUCAAGGCUGGAGUAGUUCGUGAAUAGAGAAGUCCUAUCAAAUUCCUGGUUAUGCAAUGGUCUCAGCGGCCCGUCCAGAUCUCCAGGUGGUUCUGUCCCUCUCUCUCGUGCCACGGCCGCUGCUCUCCUCCCUCUGCUCUGCCUCUGAGGUUGCUGAGGCGCCUCCUGUGAUUUCCCCCUCGGCCAGUGCUCCCUAAAAGAGGCCAAGAUUGCCAAGAUCUGCCCCGUAGCGAGCAUGACGGCCACCACUCGUGGCUCUCCUGUUGGCGGCAACGACAACCAGGCAGGCCAGGCACCCGACGCUCAGAGUCAGAGCCAGCCCCCGCUGCCACAGAACCAGACGUCGUCCCCUAACUCCACCAAUGAGAACUCUCCAGUGAGCCCCCCGGAUGAGCAGGGUCAGGGGGACGCCCCCCCCCAGCUGGAGGAGGAGGAGCCGGCCUUCCCUCACACAGACCUGGCCAAGCUGGAUGACAUGAUCAACAGACCCCGCUGGGUUGUUCCAGUUCUUCCAAAGGGAGAGUUAGAGGUUCUUCUAGAAGCUGCUAUAGAGCUUAGUAAAAAAGGACUUGAUGUGAAGUGUGAGGCGUGCCAGAGGUUUUUCCGAGAUGGCCUGACCAUCUCCUUCACCAAGAUCCUUACAGACGAGGCCGUCAGCGGGUGGAAGUUUGAGAUCCAUAGGUGUAUCAUCAACAACACACACCGGCUGGUGGAGCUGUGUGUGGCCAAGCUCUCUCAGGACUGGUUCCCCUUGUUGGAGCUGCUGGCCAUGGCCACCAACCCCCACUGCAAGUUCCACAUCUACAACGGCACACGGCCCUCUGAGACGGUGCCUGCCGGGGUGCAGCUGGCCGAUGACGAGCUCUUCGCCCGCCCCCCUGACCCUCGCUCCCCCAAGGGCUGGUUGGUGGAUUUAAUAAACAAAUUUGGCUCGUUAAAUGGGUUUCAAACACUGCACGAUCGCUUCAUAGGUGGCCAAGCACUGAACGUCCAGAUCAUCGCCGCACUUAUCAAGCCUUUUGGGCAGUGUUACGAGUUCCUCACAUUGCACACGGUGAAGAAGUACUUCCUGCCCAUCAUCGAGAUGGUUCCUCAGUUUCUGGAGAACCUGACAGAUGAGGAGCUGAAGAAGGAGGCCAAGAACGAAGCCAAAAAUGACGCCCUGUCCAUGAUCAUCAAGUCCCUGAAGAACCUGGCCUCCAGGGUGCCUGGGCAGGAGGAGACCGUGAAGAGCUUAGAGAUUUUUAGGUUAAAAAUGAUUCUUAGGUUAUUGCAAAUUUCCUCUUUUAAUGGCAAAAUGAAUGCACUAAAUGAAGUAAACAAGGUAAUCUCAAGUGUGUCCUACUACACACAUCGACAUGGCAACCCUGAGGARGAGGAGUGGCUUACUGCAGAACGCAUGGCGGAGUGGAUCCAGCAGAACCACAUCCUGUCCAUCGUGCUGAGGGACAGUCUGCACCAGCCUCAGUACGUAGAAAAACUAGAGAAGAUACUUCGCUUCGUCAUCAAAGAGAAAGCUCUUACCAUGCAGGACCUGGACAACAUCUGGGCUGCACAGGCUGGUAAACAUGAGGCCAUCGUGAAGAACGUCCACGACCUCCUGGCCAAGCUGGCCUGGGACUUCUCUCCUGAGCAGCUUGACCACCUCUUUGACUGCUUCAAGGCGAGUUGGACGAACGCUAGUAAGAAGCAGCGUGAGAAGCUGCUGGAGCUGAUCCGUCGUCUGGCGGAGGAUGACAAGGAUGGAGUGAUGGCCCACAAGGUGCUGAACCUGUUGUGGAACCUGGCUCACAGCGAUGACGUGCCUGUAGACAUCAUGGACCAGGCCCUCAGUGCUCACAUCAAGAUACUGGACUACAGUUGCUCUCAGGAUCGAGACACGCAGAAGAUCCAGUGGAUCGAUCGCUUCAUAGAAGAGUUGCGCACCAAUGACAAAUGGGUGAUUCCUGCACUAAAGCAGAUCCGAGAGAUCUGUAGCCUGUUCGGAGAGGCUCCUCAGAAUCUCAGUCAGACCCAGAGGAGUCCUCAUGUGUUCUAUCGUCAUGACCUGAUCAACCAGCUCCAACACAACCAUGCUCUGGUCACGCUGGUGGCUGAGAACCUUUCUGCCUACAUGGAGACCAUGAGGCAGUUCUCUAAAGCCGAGCAGGCAGAGUUUGACCCCCAGACGGUGAGGGCAGGGAGCCGCUACAGCCACGUACAGGAAGUCCAGGAGAGACUCAACUUCCUGAGGUUCCUGCUGAAGGAUGGCCAGUUGUGGCUCUGUGCUCCUCAGGCCAAACAGAUCUGGAAGUGCCUGGCCGAAAACGCUGUCUUCCUAUGUGAUAGAGAGGCCUGCUUCAAAUGGUACUCCAAGCUGAUGGGAGAUGAGCCAGACCUGGACCCAGACAUUAACAAGGACUUCUUUGAGAACAACGUACUCCAGCUGGACCCGUCUCUGCUCACAGAGAACGGCAUGAAGUGCUUCGAGAGGUUCUUCAAGGCUGUCAACUGCCGGGAGGGAAAGCUGGUGGCCAAACGCAGGGCCUACAUGAUGGACGACCUGGAGCUCAUAGGACUGGACUACCUCUGGAGGGUCGUAAUUCAAGGGAGCGAUGACAUCGCCAGUCGAGCCAUAGACCUGCUGAAAGAGAUCUACACCAACCUCGGACCAAAACUACAAGUCAAUCAGGUAGAGAUCCACGAGGAUUUCAUCCAGUCGUGCUUCGACCGUCUGAAGGCGUCGUACGAUACGCUGCGUGUCCUGGACGGGGACAAGGACAGCAUCAACUCGGCCCGGCAGGAAGCCAUCCGCAUGGUCCGCGUGCUCACUGUGCUCAAGGAGUACAUCAACGAGUGUGACAGCGACUACCACGAGGAGAGGACCAUACUGCCCAUGUCCAGGGCGUUCCGGGGGAAGCACAUCACGUUGACCGUGCGUUUCCCUAACCAGGGCCGUCAGGUAGAUGACCUGGACAUCUGGUCUCACACCAACGACACCAUCGGCUCGGUGCGCCGUGGCAUCCUCACACGCAUCAAGGCCAACGCCACGCACACCAAGAUAGAGCUCUUCAUUGGCGGGGAUGUCGUCGACCCGGCCGAUGACAGAAAGCUGAUUGGCCAGCUCAACCUCAAAGACAAAACGUUGAUCACAGCCAAGCUGACCCAGGUGAGUGCCAACAUGCCAUCCAGCCCAGACAGCUCCUCUGACUCUUCCACCGGCUCACCUGGUAACCACGGCAACCACUUCAGCGACGGGCCCAACCCAGAGGUGGAGAGCUGUCUCCCUGGAGUGAUCAUGUCUCUCCACCUGCGCUACAUAUCUUUCCUGUGGCAGGUAGCGGACCUGGGCUGUGGCAUUAACAUGCCUCUGUUACGAGAUGGAGCCAGGGUACUCAUGAAGCUAAUGCCUCCAGAUAACAGUACCGUGGAGAUCCUGCGUGCCGUGUGUCUGGACCAUGCCAAGCUGGGAGAGAACAGCCUCAGCCCCACACUGGACUCGCGCUUCUUUGGCCCCUCGCCAUCACAAGUCCUCUACCUCAUAGAGGUGGUGUAUGCCCUACUCAUGCCAGCCAGCGCCACAUUGGGGGAGGAUGCCAGCGACUUCCAGUACAACUUCCUGAAGAGUGGCGGGCUGCCUCUUGUACUGAGCAUGCUCACACGGAACAACUUCCUGCCUUCGGCCGACAUGGAGACACGGCGAGGGGCGUACCUCAACGCUCUGAAGAUCGCCAAGCUGCUGCUCACCGCCGUGGGGUUCGGACACGUUAAAGCUGUGGCCGAAGCCUGCCAGCCCAAUGCUGAGGGGACCAUACCAGUCUCACCGAUCAACCAGGCCACUCAUGACCAAGCCCUUGUCCUCCAGAGUGCCCUGCAAAACAUCCCCAACCCUGCCUCAGAGUGUAUGCUCCGCAACGUAGCUAUACGCCUGGCUCAGCAGAUCUCUGACGAGAACUUCUUCCAGGCGUCCAAGUACAUCCCAGACAUAUGUGUGAUCCGGGCGGUGCAGAAGAUAGUGUGGGCGUCGGGCUGCGGCACCGUACAGCUAGUCUUUAGCUCCAACGAAGAGAUCAGCAAGAUCUACGAGAAGACGAAUGCGGCUAAGGAGCCGGACGGGGAGGAUGAGCAGGUGUGUUGUGAGGCCCUGGAGAUCAUGACCCUGUGUUUCUCCCUGCUGCCCACCGCUCUGGACACACUCAGCAAGGAGAAGGCCUGGCAGACCUUCAUCAUAGACCUGCUAAUGCACUGCCACAGCAAGUCAGUUCGUCAGAUGGCCCAGGAGCAGUUCUUCCUCAUGGCCACCAGGUGUUGCAUGGGCCAUCGACCCCCCUUCUUCAUCACCCUCCUCUUCACUGUGCUGGGGAGCACCGCUAAGGAGCGGGCCAAGCAUGCUGGGGACUACUUCACCCUGCUCAGGCACCUCCUGAACUACGCCUACAACAGCAACAUCAACCUGCCCAACGCAGAGGUGCUGCUCAACAAUGAAAUCGACUGGCUCAAGAGGAUCAGGGAUGAGGUAAAGAGGACAGGGGAGACGGGCGUAGAGGAAACCAUCCUGGAAGGCCACAUCGGGAUCACCAAGGAGCUGCUGGCCUUCCAGACAUCAGAGAAGAAGUACUACAUCGGCUGUGAGAAGGGAGGGGCCAACCUCAUCAAGGAGUUGAUAGAUGACUUCAUUUUCCCAGCAUCGAAUGUGUACCUGCAGUACAUGAAGAGUGGGGAGUUCCCCACGGAGCAAGCCAUCCCUGUCUGUAGCAGCCCCGCCUCUAUCAACGCAGGCUUCGAGCUGCUGGUGGCGCUGGCGGUGGGCUGUGUCCGGAAUCUAAAGCAGAUGGUCGACACGCUCACUGAUAUGUACUACCUAGGUUGUGAGGCUCUGACAGAGUGGGAGUAUCUCCCCCCGGUGGGACCGAGGCCCACUAAAGGCUUUGUGGGACUGAAGAACGCCGGAGCCACCUGCUACAUGAACUCAGUCAUCCAGCAGCUCUACAUGAUCCCGCCCAUACGCAACGGCAUUCUGGCCAUCGAGGGCACCGGCACCGAUGUGGACGAUGACAUGUCCGGUGAUGAGAAGCAGGAGAACGAGAGUAAUGUGGACCCACGAGAUGAGGUGUUCAACUACCACCACCAGUUUGACGACAAGCCAUCGCUCAGUAAGUCGGAGGACAGGAAGGAGUACAACAUCGGGGUGCUGCGCCACCUGCAGGUCAUCUUUGGCCACCUGGCCUCCUCCAGACUGCAGUACUACAUACCGAGAGGCUUCUGGAAACAGUUCAGGUUAUGGGGUGAGCCGGUGAACCUGCGAGAGCAGCACGAUGCCCUGGAGUUCUUCAACUCUCUAGUGGACAGUCUGGACGAGGCUCUGAAAGCCUUGGGUCACCCAGCCAUGCUCAGUAAGGUGCUGGGUGGAUCCUUUGCUGACCAGAAGAUCUGCCAGGGGUGCCCACAUAGGUAUGAGUGUGAGGAGUCAUUCACCACUCUGAAUGUAGACAUCAGGAACCACCAGAACCUGUUGGACUCAAUGGAGCAGUACGUCAAAGGAGACCUGCUGGAGGGUGCUAACGCAUACCACUGUGAGAAGUGCAACAAGAAGGUGGACACAGUGAAGCGGCUGCUGAUCAAGAAGCUUCCCCCAGUGCUAGCCAUCCAGCUGAAGAGGUUUGACUACGACUGGGAGAGGGAGUGUGCCAUCAAGUUCAACGACUACUUUGAGUUCCCCAGGGAGCUGGACAUGGAGCCCUACACAGUAGCCGGGGUGGCCAAGCUGGAGGGGGACGACGUCAACCCAGAGAACCAGGUGAUCCAGCAGAACGAGCCCUCUGAACCAGAGCCCCCAGGCAGCUCCAAGUACCGCCUGGUUGGGGUGCUGGUCCACUCAGGCCAGGCCAGCGGCGGACACUACUACUCCUACAUCACACAGAGGAACGUGGGUGGGGCAGACGGCGAGCGGAACCGCUGGUACAAGUUUGACGACGGCGACGUGACGGAGUGCAAGAUGGACGACGAGGAGGAGAUGAAGAACCAGUGCUUCGGAGGGGAGUACAUGGGCGAGGUGUUUGACCACAUGAUGAAGAGGAUGUCGUACCGGCGUCAGAAGCGCUGGUGGAACGCAUACAUCCUCUUCUACGAGCGGAUGGACUCACUGGACAAGGACAGUGAGCUGGUCAAAUACAUUCAGGAGCUGACCAUCUCGUCCUCGUCCAACAACAAGCCGUCGCACCAGGUCAAGAUGCCCGGUGUAAUCGAGUGCAGUGUGCGCAAGCAGAACGUGCAGUUCAUGCACAAUCGUAUGCAGUACAGCCUGGAGUAUUUCCAGUUUGUUAAGAAACUUCUGACCUGUAACAGUGUCUAUUUAAACCCUCCGCCAGGACAAGACCAUCUACUGCCUGAGGCGGAGGAGAUGGCUAUGAUUAGUGUUCAGCUGGCUGCUAAGUUCCUCUUCAGCACUGGGUUCCACACCAAGAAAGUAGUGAGGGGGCCUGCCAGUGACUGGUAUGAUGCGCUUUGCGUCCUGCUGAGACACAGUAAGAAUGUACGCUACUGGUUUGCACACAACUUCCUGUUUGCCUACGCCAACCGCUUCUCUGAGUACCUGCUGGAGUGCCCCAGUGCCGAGGUCCGGGGCGCGUUCGCCAAACUUAUCGUCUUCAUUGCACACUUCUCCCUGCAAGACGGACCCUGCCCCUCCCCCACCGCCUCUCCUGUCGGAGCCUCCACCCAACCACAGGCAUGUGAUAACCUGAGUCUCAGUGACCACCUGUUGAGGACUGUGUUGAACCUGCUCAGGAGAGAGGUGUCAGAGCACGGCCGACACCUGCAGCAGUACUUCAACCUCUUCGUUAUGUAUGCCAACCUGGGGCUGGCAGAGAAGACCCAGUUGUUGAAGCUGAGUGUCCCAGCUACCUUCAUGCUGGUGGCUCUAGACGAGGGGCCUGGCCCUCCCAUAAAGUACCAGUAUGCUGAACUAGGCAAACUGUACACCGUAGUCUCCCAACUGGUGCGCUGCUGUGACGUGGCCGCGCGCAUGCAGUCCUCCAUCAAUGGUAACCCCCCUCUCCCUAACCCGUACGGUGAUGCCAACCAGACCACCCCGGUGAUGCCUGUGCAGCAGCUGGUGGGAGAGAUCCUGUUCGUAAGGACCAGCUACGUGAAAAAGAUCAUUGAGGACUGCAGCAACUCAGAGGAGACGGUCAAGCUGCUGCGCUUCAGCUGCUGGGAAAACCCCCAGUUCUCCUCCACUGUACUAUCAGAGCUGCUCUGGCAGGUGGCGUACUCGUACACCUACGAGCUGAGGCCUUACCUGGACCUGCUGCUGCAGAUCCUGCUCAUUGAGGACUCCUGGCAGACUCACAGGAUCCACAACGUGCUGAAGGGUAUACCAGAUGACAGGGAUGGCCUAUUUGAUACCAUCCAGCGCUCCAAGAACCACUACCAGAAACGGGCCUACCAGUGUAUCAAGUGCAUGGUAGCCCUCUUCAGCAACUGCUCUGUGGCCUACCAGAUACUACAGAGUAACGGGGAUCUGAAGCGUAAGUGGACGUGGGCAGUGGAGUGGCUAGGUGACGAGCUGGAAAGGAGGCCCUACACAGGGAACCCUCAGUACACCUACAACAACUGGUCUCCCCCAGUCCAGAGCAACGAGACCUCCAACGGAUACUUCCUGGAGCGCUCGCACUCCGCACGCAUGACCCUGGCCAAGGCCUGUGAACUCUGCCCUGAGGAGUGUCACUUAACGAAGCACGGUGAGGCGGUGUCUGAAGAAGACGCUGCCAUGCGGAAAUCGUCCUCGCCACAGCAGCUUUUGCCAGGGGAAGGGACAGGACAGCAGCACACUGAGCCCGAUGACCAGGAAGCCCCUGAAGAUCAGGACACCUCCCCUCCAGAUGACAUCUCCCUCUACCCUCAUUCGUCUCCAGGGACUACGACACAGUUUCAGCAGCAGAACAACCACCCCCACGGGCAGCCGUACACAGGCCCAGCUGCCCAGCACAUGAACAACCCCCAGCGCCCCGGCCCUGUCCCUUCCUCUGCCCCAGGCCCUGCGCCCGGCACAGGCCCACAAGCACAAGACAACUGGGAGAGCACUGAGGAGGUCCCCUCCGUGGCCCCUGCUCCGCCUAAGGAGUAACACCGGCCCUCCCCUCUGCUGUGCCUCCAUCGUCCUGCUCUCUUUCCUCUCGUCGACCGACCUCCUGAUCGGGACACUCUCUCUCUGGGGCCUCAAGGGCACGGCAGGGCAGGCUUCACAGCUCCUCCCCAGGCUCCUGUGAGUCUCUCCCCCUCCAGCCUGCUCCUGUGCUGCCUGUCUGGGGGGGGGGUGCUCUCCCCUGGGUUCUUAUGCCCUGCAGACUGGGGCCUGGCUGCUGUCGACAGCAGUGGGGUAGUGUUGUAAUAAACAUAAUGACCCAGGCCUGACGAUGCUGAUGCGCUUGUCUACAUGACGGAAAGGUGUACAUAAUAUGUUCAUGUUUUGACUGUUCAAAAAAUUAAUCCCCCGCAAUAGCAUAACUUUGUCAGGUUUGCUGUUGGGAGAUAAAAAAAUAAAACGCUUAAGAGAACUCUUUGUUUUAUCACCCAUGCACAGCAGUGCGAUUUGGUCUGACAUCAGUUACUGGUCAUUCACCUUUAGGAGGACACAUAACCUCUUGACCCAUGCCAAAUCAACUCACGUGCUGGGGUUUUAGUGUGAGACAUGGAAUGGUUGGGUGAACUUUUACUGUGUUUUGGUUGAUGUGAAAAAGUGAUGCAAAAUUGUUCUGGAACUCUCAUUGCCUUUUAUUUUUGUUCUGGUAAUUUAAUCCAAUCCUUUCGGAAGCUAUAGAUAAUAUGCUGUAACAUUUAGCAUGGCUUCUCACCAGAAUAGCGUAGCACAAGGGAAAAUGUCAUCAUACCAACUGACGUCCUUAAUCCUAGAGGACACUUCCUUUAGGCUUUAUUAAUGCUCAUCUACCCCUUGUUGAACCAAUGUAAGAAUAAGUGGCUUUUCAAUUGCUAAAAUCCUCCAACUUCACAUUCGGCAAUCAGUUUAGUUUAUCUAUAGGAAUUGAGAAAAUUAAAAACAUAUGCAACAGAUUUGCUCUGCCGGCUACCUGAUGUGUACUAGACGGUGUGGUUUGCUUCUGUCUCUUUAUGGUAGAGCCUAGUCUUAAGACGACCGCUACCAUUCUUUCAUGGAGCUCACUGGGCGGCAGCAUCGGAGACCUCUCCCUCCAGGGAGAAUGGGAACACAGUAGGGUUAGAAGAUAUCGGCUGGUUAGUCAUGUUGCAACUUGAGCUAAACGUAAACAUCAGUAAAUACUGUAUUUAAUUGGUAAGUUUAACACGUGUAUUUUGGGGGAUUUGUCAAAUACCAAAUACUCCUGCAAAUGAAAAUAUUCUGCACACCGUAUUAUAUUUAAAUAUUUUGCUCUUAUUUUAUAGAAUUUAUUUUGUUGUAUUUCACACAAAAAAAUAUUUGAUUUGAGGAACAUUUGUCCGUGUUAUUUUUAAUGGAGAUAUUGACUGAACAGAGUUCUGCGCCCAGUUUGCCGACUUUUGUUUUGGCCAUGGUGUGACGUUGAAUUCUGGAGCUAGUCGCGAUGUGAACUUUCAGAGGUUUUGUGCACAGAAAUAUAAAAUAAAAAAGCAUUGCCCGUAGCAGAUAAAGAA